AUGGCGGCCGUCCUGCCACCGUCCAAGGUGAUCCUGCUAGCCGCGCAGUUGGCGGCAACGGGUGCCAUUGCCAGCCUCGCCUCGCUGACGGCGCAAAACGGCGACGUGCUGCGCCUGGAGCUGGUGCUGCGCCUGCUGCUGACAUACCUUCCGACGCGGCUGCCGACGGCCGACUAUGUCGGGCUGCUGGUGAGCCUGGACGCCGAGGACUUUUCCGUCUUCUUCCCGCUGGCCGAGCUCGACAGCGCGGCCGUGGACGGGCUCUCGGACGAGCAGGCGGCCAACAAGGUCCACAAGCUGCGGCUACAGCCGCUGGACCUGCCAGGCCAAGGGCGAGACAACGACAACGACACCCCACCAGACCCAGAUCCGCUGGCCGCCUUUCUGAUCCUGCGCGCCUACGCCGUCGACGAUGGCGCCGGCGCACUUCCCGAGCUGCCAGCCCUCGUGGCCCCGUUUCUCGACCGGCCAACACAGCGCCUGCGCACCUGGGCCGUGUCGACACUGCUGCCGCUGCUGCGACGCAACUGCGACUUCUACCCCGACCGGCCGCUGCCGCUGACGCUGGCUGACUUUGAGCACCUGCCCGAUCGCCUGGCCGUGUCGCGGCUGCUCUCCCAGACGGGUGCCGGCCUCGUCGGCAAGGACAGAGACAGCGACAGAGAUGGCGAACAGGCUGCGGCAAUUUCGGUGGCACGUGACCUGAGAGGCCUCAUCGGGCCAUGGCUGUACGACGAGCAGCGAUGGACGAGCCGGAUGAACAGGACCGACACGACCGACACGACCGACGACGGCCUCUGUCCCGGCUGGGAAGAAGCACUGCGGUGGCUGACGACACAGGCAGCCCAGCCGGCAUCGUGGCGCGUGGCCGUGGCUGCCGUCAGCAGGUGGGACGGGCCCAGCGACGUUGAUCUCGGCGGCUUCGGCACCAUGUGGCUCAACGACGACGAGCAGGAGUACCUGGAGCGACGAUAUGCCCGUGCCGCCCUGGCCGUCGUCUAUCUGCUGCCUGAGGCGUCGGCCGAGACGCUGGCCAGCGCCCACGACGUCGUCGUCAAAAUGCGCAGCCUCCUCGACCUCGACCAGGACGCAGAUGAAAACGCCGUUUUGCCUCCGGAGCGGCUAUCGUCGGCCGCAUCGCUGUUGCCGCCUAUUGCCGCUGAUAUCGUUUCCCGCACAUUGGCUGCUGAUGCUGCUGCUACUACUUCCACUUCUACUUCUAUCCCCAACACUCCCAACACUCCCUCUUCCUUCCUCCGGUGCGACCUCCUCUCCGAGUCCAACGCGCUCACAACACCUUCAUCUGCCGCCACCGAACUGCUGCACGCCCUCGUCCUCAGCGCCCACCUGUUGACCUGCCAACUCGGCUGUCCGUCUUCGGUGCGCCAGGCUGCCGAGCUGGUCCUGCUGCUGCGCGGUCCCGGCGAACAGCAGGCCGUCGCCGCAAAGGCCGUCCACUGGGUCGCUGCCAACGGGCCCAAAGGCGAGGAUCGCUUCUGGAUCAAGGCUCGCAACGAGAUCCUCUGGCUGCGUGACUGGGGCGCAGAUGAGCAGGGACGCUCCUCCGUGCCUGCCCAAGGCGUCUUCGGUCACGUGUCCAGGGACUUUAUCGAGGUUGAGUUCCUCAAGGCCCUGCUGGCCAACACCCGCUAUUCUCUUGCUCGUGCGCUCUACGAAGACUCUCCCGACCGUCCGCUCUCGACCGAGCUGCUCCAGGACACCGUCUUUUCCGCAGCCAUGAGUGCCUACGACAAUGCGUCAAAUCCAAACCGUACCCGAGGUGGUCUCAAGAAAUGUGACGAUAUCAUCCACGCUUUUCCCAAGACCAUUGACCGGUCUCUGCCGGCAGCACAGCAUGCAGAGGCCCUGGUGGCUGCAACGCACGCCCUCAGCACCUACCGUCUCGUACUCAAACAGGGCGAGCCAUUCACGCCCGUCGUGCUCCGCGUUCACCCAGACCCCAUCUCGAUCCUGGGCAAGGUGCUGGAGCAGAACCCCAAGAGCUACACCCAGGUCCAGGCUCUGGUCGACGUGGCCGUGUCCAUGGUGGAUGCUGGCUUGGCCGUCUCGGAUGGCGGUCGGAAUUGUAUCGGUCACAGCCAGAAGAACCACCCGCUCGCCGUCCAGCAUGUCCUGGCCGGCCGUCGUGUCACCGCAAUGUGCAUCGAUGCCGCGCUCAACGAGGACGACUUUGAGACGGCCUAUUCCUAUGUCGUCAGCCGUCUGUCCGCCACCGACGAGACCAUACUAGCCCCUGUCGCCGACAUCUGGUCGUGGCGUGCUGCUCUCGAGGCCGGUAAGUAUCGCCGCUCCGAUCGGACUGUCCGGCCAACUCAUCUGGGCACGGCCAGUGCAAACCUCGACAUCCGCCAUCUCGAGCAGCGCAUCGAAUGCCUGGCCGCCGCCCUGCGCAUUGCUCCCGCCGACACCCUGCAGGAGAUUCUCAGCGCCUACCGCCGCUGUGAGGAGGAGCUCGAGGCCGCUGUGCUGGCCGAGGCCGAACAAGAAGCUGCCUGGGACAAUACCGCCACCAGCUGGCCGAAUCAGCAGCAGAGACAGCUCGCUCGCACAUCAUCGCCAGCUGCCAUGCCCGGUGGCUUCGAGAAACCACAUGUCCCGCGAAACCUGGCCGCUCUGUCCAGCCUGCGACAGACGCGCCAGAUCGUCUUUGGCGGGAAAGAAGAGUCAAACUCGCCGGCUGCGCCGGUGGCUGUGGCUGUGGCUGCUGUCGACGGUGAGGACUCGUCGCAUCAGCAUCGGAAGCGCGACCAGCUGCGGGAGGCCGCCAUGGGCACAAUCACAUCUGGUGUCGGUUGGCUGAUUGGUGCACAUCCCGUCGACCGCGGCUCUGAAAGAGGCUGA